AUGUACAGAAAUUACUCUCUGGAUGAUAAGUACAAUUAAGAGUUGUUGAAUGUUGUAGAAGCCUUUGGUGGAGCUAAUUGCAAAUAUUGGACUUAGGUUGCAAGAUUAUUUUAUGAAAGAACAGGACUCGCUGAAACUAAAAGUUAUAAUCUAAAGAAAAGAUAUUAAAUAUUGACAAAUUACUCUGAUAAUAUUAAUUUGGAGCAGGAAUAAAUCUUAUAUGAAACUGGAAUCAAAUGCAGAGGUUUAACUAAGGCUGGUCUACGGGAAUUCUAGAAUAAAACUGGAUGUAAUUUGUAUCUUGGGAGAUAUACUUAAAAGAUUGCAAGAUUUCUUUAAAUCGGGAUAAAAAUUAUCUCUUCUGCUUAUAUUCAUUUGAAGAACAUAAAGAAAAAGAGAUUUGGAUCUCAAUUCCCAAGAAUCUCAUAUGUGGAUAUUAACAUAAUGUUGAAGGCAGCGGAUAUAAAGGAGAAGAUAGAUGAUCCCAUUUUUGUUGAAUUAUAAAAUAGUGCCAUCAAAUUAGAAUAGUUAUUUUAUUAACAUGUCAAAUGUUUUGAUAAGAACAUGGAAGAGAGAUACGAUCAUUAUAUGAAAGUGGCUAACAGGUUGCAAUUUAAGAAACUGAUGUUUUUUUUAUAUUUUUGUGGAGAAUUAAAAAGAAUUAGCUUGAAUAUUUUUGAUAAAACUAGUAGUUUUAAACAUCCUUUGAUAAAAAAUGAUAUUGAACUAAAUAAGCAAUCCAUUUAUUAUUAAUUACUGAUAUCUUAAAGUGAUUGGAAGCAGAAGUAUGAUCUUUUUUUUAAUUGCAAUAACCAACUUUAAACUAAUGAUUAAUUUUCAAUGCUAAUUAAAUAAGCAUAAACAGAUGAAAUAGAUGAAUAUGAUCUAAUACCUAGGAAUCAAAAAUAAAUUUCAAACAAAGUAGCUAAUGCAUAAAUAGAAUGUAUUGGCAAAUAAAAAAAACUUAGAUAUUUUAGGGGGCAUUACGUUUAGAGGGGUUAAAUAAAAACUACUGGUUAAACAACUAUCUAUUUUGAUCACGAUGUAGACUCUGAAGAAAUUGAGAAUGAAGAUUUUGAAAAAGUAUUACAGAAAUAAAAGGAGAAAGAGGAAUUUGAAAAAUAAAAAGAGUAGUUUAUCAAAAUUUAUAAUUAAAUGUUUGCUAAGGAGGAAGAGGCUGAUAAGUUUAAGGGUUAAAAGGAAAAGGAUACUGAAAAUCAAAAAAAUAACAAGUUAAAAAAAAAAGCAAGAAUACUUUGA